AUGCCCACGGGUCAGAGGCAUCUCACCGGUCACCUGUCCACUGACCUUGGCCCUCCAGAACGCGGCGUGCAUUCCCCUCCUCUCCUCCCCCCUCUCUCAUCUUUCUUGUCCCGUGUCUGUGUCGCAGAGGAAUUCCAGGUGAUCGGCCCCACGGACCCCAUCGUGGCAGUGCUGGGCAAAGACAUCAUGCUGCCCUGUCGUGUGUCGCCCGCCAUGAACGUGAGGAACAUGGAGAUGAGGUGGUUCCGUUCCAAGUUCUCAGAAGCCGCGUUCAGCUACAAAAACCAGCAUGAGAACCGUGAGGAGCAGCUGGCCCAGUAUGCGGGUCGGACCUCCCUGGUCGAGGACUUACUGGUCAGGGGCCAGGCGGCCUUGCGCAUCCACGGGGUCCGUGUCCCAGACAAUGGCCAGUACACCUGCUUCUUCAGGAAGGACAGCUUCUACGAAGAGGCUGGUUUGGAGCUGAAGGUGGCAGGUAUGGGCUCUGCCCCCCAAGUGCACAUCACAGGGCCAGAGGGGGACGGGGUGCGCGUGGUGUGCAUGGCUUUGGGCUGGUUCCCGGAGCCCCAGGUGCAGUGGAGAGACCCACGUGGGGAGAAGAUCCAUGAGUUCUCUGAGGCCUAUACUAAGGACUCUGAGGGGCUGUUCAGCGUGGAGGCCGCCCUAGUGGUGAGAGACAGCGCUGUGGGGAGCGUGACCUGCUCCAUCCUCAACCCAACCCUGGGCCAGGAGAAGGAAAUGACCAUGGUCAUCCCAGAGCCCUUCUUCCCCCGGGUCUCCCCCUGGAAGCCAGCUUUCCUGGUCAUCCUGCCCUUGCUGCUGCUCCUGCUCCUGGGGGCUGCCUGCUGCACAUGGAGAGAACAUUCCGUACGGAUGCGGGAGCUGCGGGAACAGGGGACACUGUGCCAGGCUAAGGAGGAGGACAGACAGGCCAAGGAGGAGGCUCUGAAGGACACAGCUGAGCUCCAGGCAAUGCUAGCCUGGAGGAAGGCCCAGCUGUAUGCAGAUUGGCGGAAAGAGAAGUUCCAGCCCUGGUCUGUCACUCUUGAUCCACAUUCUGCUCAUUCCAGUAUUGCCCUCUCUUCUGAUAAGAAGACGCUGAACUUGAAGGACUCUUCUGAGGAUGUAGGAGACACAUGCAGCAUCCUGGGCCUCCAGGGCAUCACAUCAGGGUGUUGUUACUGGGAGGUGGAGGUCAAGGGUGGAGAUAAAAGUGUGUGGGCUGUGGGGGUCUGUAGGAGUAAUGUGAACAGGGAAGGCUGGUACAAAGAAACACCAGAAAAGGGGUUUUGGAAUUUGGGACAUUUUGAAUCAGGAUUUUGUGCCUGUACAAGUAAUAGCACUAAGCUAUCUCUUAGGGAAAACCCCCACAAAGUGGGAGUUUUCCUGGACUAUGAUCAUGGGGAUGUCUCCUUUUAUAACAUGACUGAGGGUUCCCACAUUUUUUCCUUCACUGCAGCCUCCUUCUCUGGGACCCUCUUUCCAUAUUUCAUGUGUAUCUCUGGAGACGUGUCCCUGACCCUCUGCCCCCUGGAGGCUGAGAUCCAGAAGCCCUCUGUGCCCAUGAACAAUCCUUUCAUUUUGGGGGAGACUGUGGGUCCUUUAGGAGAAGGGGUCCCCUCAGGCUCCAGUGAGGUUGGGGCUCACCCAGGGCUUUAUGUCCCCCUCCUCUCCUGUAACUCUGAGGCCAUGUAUGCCUAG